CGAAGACGGUAGAGACUAAGAUUCAAGAGAUCACAACGAGAAGCAACUCAGAGUUUCACAAACCGACCGUCCACGUGAAAAUGCAGACAGGUUCCACAGUGAAAAGCGUAUCGGCUGGGCAGUGGGGCUUGGCGAAGACCGAGACACCACCGGGUGAACCAGCCGAGGGCCUUCGGCAGGAGGGCGGCCUCCCUCCCGUACACGAGCCGCUUCGGCGCCGGAACGCACUCGGGGAUAUCUUCCUGGGCAUCGACACUGAACAGGUGGAUCGCCUUCGGCUUGACGGCCAAGUAACGCCCGCCGGUGGAGCCCUACCGCUCGCUACUCAGCCACGGACUCAAGACGAUCCACACAAACUCUCAAGAAAGAGGAGGAGACAUUCCUCCGAGUUCUACACAACCUUGGAGACCAUCUACGAAGAAGACACGACAGAGAGUGAGUCGAGUAGCGAACUUUUGCAAGACAGCGCCCGACUGUCUCACAACUACGAGAUCAACAACAACACGAAGCGGCGUGUAGGGCUGGGCAACAUUUUUGCAGGAGUCGACGAGGCCAGCGUCGAGGGUCUGCGGCGGGUGUUCUCGUGUCGCGACGCCGACGACAAGCGCUCCCAAGACGAGAACAAGGAGGCCCUACUCCUCGACGAAGACGCCAAGCCACCCCUAAGACGCCGCAAGGCGCAGGCAAACAUCUUCGAGGGUCUAGACACAGCGAGCGUAGAGAGCUUACAGCAACAGUACGGGGGCAAAGCGAGCAGUAGCCCCAACCAAGACACUACCCCGACCACCAGCCCGCUUAAGAAGCGACGUCUUGCGCUGUGGCAUGUCUUAGAGGCUCUUGGCGUCUCCGUGCAAGGCAUACGACAUGAACACAGCCACAACACCAACGCAGACAGCGACAAAACAUCGGCUCACCUAUACCAAAAGCAAAGCAAAGAGACAAAGAUGGCCGCAAACAGCAGAAAACCGGUUCUGCAACGCCGAGACGCUUCGCUGAACCUCCUCGAGGGGGUGAACGAGGCGACCCUGCAAGUCCUACGGGGGGAGGGCAACACCACCGCCGACAACAGCUCGCCAGACGCCCCGGCGGUUGUAUCAGACUACGUGAGCUUCUCCCAAAGCCCACGGGCUACUCGUCGGAGGAACGCGCUCACAGACAUCACCGAUCUACAGAAACUCUACCAGACCACGUGUAAAUCCACGGGAACGUGGCUGUCCGGCAUGUUCGCUUGCUGAUCGAUGAACGGUUCUUUUUACAUGUUUGUGGGUCGAAAUUCGUCCCCUUUGUAAAUUCAUAGCCAUGUAGAUAGAUUUGAAACGGCAUG